GGAAACAAGUAAGAUCUUCUACCGAGGCAUUAGAUAGUACAUGUUUUUCAGUGACCAGAACCGAGGCAUUAGAUAGUACAUGUUUUUCAGUGAUCAGAAACUUACAUCUAACAUGCUCUGCUCCUUCUUAGCUCUCUUGCUCCCCCUGGUGGUGAACUCCCACCCUGUCGGUCGAAGCCUGUUGCCCUUGGACUGUGAGGACAUCUACCAAAAUGGGUCCGUGCACAACGGGGUUUACACCAUCUACCCAACGACAGCCGACAAGCCUGUGGAGGUGUACUGUGACAUGGGGUGUACAGAGGAUGAGAAUCACAAAGAUGGACAGUGGACGGUGAUCCAGAGAAGAAUGGAUGGCACUGUAAACUUCUACCAGCCCUGGGAUCACUACAAGGAGGGCUUUGGGAACAAGAACGGAGAGUACUGGCUGGGUCUGGAGACUAUUUUCAGCCUCACCUGGAGGGGUAAGUACGAGCUGAGGGUGGACAUGGAGGACUGGGAGGGGGGCAGCGCCUACGCCCGAUACUUGUCCUUCUCCAUUGACUCAGAGGGCGAUGGCUACGCGAUUCACUUGGACGGAUACAUCAAUGGUGGAGCGGGUGAUAGUCUAUAUUAUGCGAAUGGAUGGAAGUUCUCAACCUAUGACAAAGACCAAGACAACAGAAACUCCAACUGUGCAGACGACUAUGAUGGAGGCUUUUGGUUCAAUAGCUGCCCAUAUUACGCCAACCCCAACGGGUUGUACAAGGGGAAGGAGAGUGUGGAGUAUGGUACCGGAAUCAAUUGGACCUUCUGGAAAGGCCCUUAUUACUCUCUAAAGUCCAUCAGGAUGAAAAUCAAGAAGGUGGCUCUAUCUGAGGCGUAAUUAACAAUCUACCGCUCUACAGUAAUUUGAAAGUGAUUGUAAUACCAGUUUUGGCCACAAUAUUAUAUGGUUCCUUUAAAUGUGCUGCUUUCUCUUCAAUUCCACUUGUUUGUUUGUGUGUCCAACAUGAAAUCAAGAGGGUGUUUCUAUCUGAAGCAUAAUUGGUCAUGGAAUCUCUCUCUCUCUUUCUCAUAUUUUUAUUUUUCAUUUGUUAUCAUUGUUUUUGUGUGAAGCACAUUGCAUUGCCACCGUGUAAGAAAUGUGCUAUACAAAUAAAUUUACCUUGCCUUGCCUUCUGUUAGCAUCAAUGUGAUUUUUCUUUUUCAGAUUGUGAGACUAUGGCAAAAUGAAAGACAUUAAAGGUGAUACUUUCUCUUAAA